GUAAACAAUUGUGAUAUACAUGUAUAAUAUCAUAUAACUUAUAUAAGUGGCACUCAUUUAAAGACAUAAUCUAAUGUUCAUUUAUUAUACAUACGUUUAUUAUUAAUAAAUUUAUACACAAAGACAUUGCGAAUAAUACAAGUUUUUACCUAAAAGUAAAUACCAAUUAAAACCAACAAACUAUGUCUCCGACACUGAUUUUUGCAUUACUUCUGACACUCUCUGCGGUCACAUUCGGCCAGAGCCAGAACCAGGACUGCGGGCCAAACGAAGUGUACAACUCGUGCGGGAGUUCGUGUCCGGACACGUGUGAGACGGUGUUGAAGGGCAACAAAUACCAACAGACGUGUACAAUGCAGUGCGUGAGCGGCUGUUUCUGUCGCGACGGACUCGUCAAAGACGGCUCAGGAAAGUGUGUGUCCACUGAUGUCUGUCGACACAAAGAACCCGUCGUCAGAGACAGAGACACCGAUUCCGACGGCUCUUCCGCCAUAUCUGAGGACAGUCAUAUCGAGGACACGAUGUUAGGCAAUGAUAUAUUUUCUGCGUCCAAACGACCCCUCGCUGUAAACUUAGAAUACACCGAUAAUUACUCCUACAACUAUACCCACAACUAUGCCGACAACUAUACCCACAAGUUUACCCACAACUAUACCCACAACAAUACCCUCUACUAUACCCUCUUCUAUACCCUCUACUAUACCCACAACGAGUCCCACAACUCAUUCAUCGGCUGUUAA